AUGGAAAACCAAGAAAAAUCAAAACCAGGUCGUCCAAGGUAUUCUGGAAAAUCUACACAAUUGAAUAUGUUGGCCUUUAUUAAAACUUGUUUUGAAAUUAUGCCCACUCUUUAUCUGCAAGAGUUGCAACAAUCUAUUAAGGAAAUAUUUGGAAAUGAGAUAUCAUUAUCUCAAUUAUCGGAUGUCAAAACCAAGAUUUUGAAUAUCACUAACAAGAAAGUGGAAUUAUUAAGUAAUUAUCGGAAAAAACCUCAUAUUCAACAACAUAGAAAACUUUACAGAGAAUUGGUUCUUGGUUUCGAAAUUGAUGAUUUGUUUUUCAUUGACGAGUCCACUGUUACAUACACCGAUCUAGCAAGAAGGAGAGGUCACUCAUUAAAAGGAACACCUGCAAGGAACUCAUCUCAUCAUGUUUCGAAUAAGAGAUUUUCAAUUAUUGCUUGCAUCAAUAGAUUGGUUGGAGUAGUUUAUUGUGAAGUCAUUGAUACAACCGAAAAAGGAGUGGAUCAAAUUAUCUUUUCAAACUUCAUGGAUACUUUGAAACAUUUAAUUCCAAAAGACAAAGUGUGUGUUAUGGACAAUAGUUCAGUUCAUAAUAAGGAAACUUUGGUUGAUUCCAUGAAGGAAGCUGGAAUACAUGUUCUAUUUCAAAGUAGAUAUUCACCAGAUUACACUCUAAUUGAAUUUUGUUUCUCGUGGUUGAAAAGUGAACUGAAAAGAGAAGAAUAUAUAACGUACCCAUUGGCUUUCUUGGUGAAACAAACCUUUGAUAGUAUGCCAGUGGAAAUUGUUCGAAAAUAUGUUGGACACGCCCAACAGAAUUGGAAAUCCAAUAGAUUGUAA